UUAAAUUAUCCACAUUAUUAUUACAUAAAAAUUAAAAAUAAAAUCACUGUAACUCCAGCUCUUCACUGUGUUGUCUCCAGAUAGUCCUUUCUUCUUGUCUGAGGUGUCUCUAUUCUCUCUUUCUCACUUCCAUGAGUGGAACUUAGGGUUUGUCUUUCUUUCUUUCUUUCUUCCCCCCUUAAUUCUUUCAAAACUGUGUGGUUUCAUUAAGAAAAAAGAUAUCAACUUCCCUGUAAACCUCUGAUCUUGACCGGAGCUCCAAACCCUAGCCUCCAUGGCAAAAACAAGACCAGGGCUCUCUGCUGCCAAGCCCAAACCAGGGAAGAAAGACCUCGACUCUUACACCAUCCGAGGCACCAACAAAGUUGUCACAGUUGGGGAUUGUGUUCUGAUGCGUCCUUCCGACACUGGUAAGCCCCCCUAUGUGGCUCGAAUUGAGAAAAUUGAAUCAGAUAGCAGGAAUAAUGUGAAGGUUCGAGUGCGGUGGUAUUAUCGUCCUGAGGAAUCGCUUGGAGGAAGGAGGCAGUUCCAUGGAGCAAAGGAGCUGUUUUUGUCUGACCACUAUGAUGUGCAAAGUGCUCACACCAUUGAAGGGAAGUGCAUUGUUCAUUCUUUCAAGAACUACACUAAGCUUGAGAAUGUUGGGGCUGAGGAUUACUAUUGUAGAUUUGAGUAUAAAGCCGCUACUGGAGCCUUUACACCCGACCGAGUUGCUGUAUACUGCAAAUGUGAGAUGCCAUACAACCCUGAUGAUCUUAUGGUGCAAUGUGAGGGCUGCAAGGACUGGUAUCAUCCUGCUUGUGUGGGCAUGACAAUUGAAGAAGCAAAAAAGUUGGGCCACUUCGUGUGUUCUGAAUGUUCUGAGGGUGUCAAAAGAUCACAAAAUGGAUUUCAUGCUUCACCAGUAUCUGAUGCAAAGGUGGAGCCCAAACGGCGGAAGAGAUAAGAAAAUCAUGGGGAAAUUUUGUUGCAUGAGAACACUCUUUAUGCAGAUUUAGCUUGUAGCCUGUUGUAUGAGUUGUAUAGUUGCAGAAAUUGUGUGCUUUGCCCAAACUGGUGGCUGUUAGUAACUUAUGUGUUGGAGACAUCUGCAUCUGUGUUAGGUUUAGGAGAUUAAGUCUGCAGGAGGAUUGAUCUGUAGUUCUCCGACGUUGAACCAAUAUUUGCCGCAGAAAAACUUCCAAGUAUCACCUUUUCACUUUCGCCUUUG